ACUACAACUCCCCGAUAGGUCCUACGUGGCAUUUCCUACACAAUGAUUCAGCAGGUCAACAUAACCAGGCAAUUUGUAGUGUCCGUGAGUUUUCUGGAUGUAAUCAGAACUUAAACUUUGUCGACAUUUAUAUUCGGUGAAAUUUUCUAUUUCUCCCCCUUUCUUCAAACGUAAGACAUUUUUUUAAUCAUAAAAGCGUAGAGAUAGGCGUAUUCAUUAUUACUUGCAUAUAAAGGGCGUUUCUUUAAUUCUGGAAGAAGACGGGCUGAGGGGCUUGUUUUACACAUCAAGCACAAGGCAUUUUAAUAUCUUUUGAUUCGUUUUUCCUCUUUUAAGAGUUGCGCGUUCAUUCUGUGAAGUUCAUGGCAGCACAUUAUAUUUUCCACCCACAUUUUUCACCUCAAGCUUUUAUACAUUGAUGUAUAAAACAGUAUAACGAUUAUUGUGUAUAUUAUACACAAUAUAAUGUUUUUUAACGGCAAAACAUUUCGAGAACAGACGCGAAUAAUUGUAAUGGAGCCAUUAUAGUCGACGCUUGCAACGUAGGCAUCAUGGCCACGCGGAGCUCCAUACACAACUGCAUGCUGCUGCAGAGUUUUACAAGAAGAUCGUUUUUCCUCUGCCACACAUCAGAAGGUGGUCUCUCAUUUUUGGUAGGUUUUGCCUCUGCUGUCUGAAGUGUUCCAUCAAGAUGGCUUUGAUUUCUUCGUUCUGGUAGAGCACCCUGGAGGAUAUGAAAUGCCAUGCAGCUAAGCUAAUAGAGAUUAUCUUACUGCUGUGCAAAGGCUGUGGAAGUCAUGACGUCAUGGUGCUGGUUACCAUUGCGGCCCUGCAUCACACAACCUCACUCCUGUAUGACACCAAAGAACCUGAGAUUCCCCAACUUCAGGGAUCACAUUAUCAAAUGUUUAGUUUCACAGCUGCUGAAAGAUGUGCAAUACAUCCAUGGGGAAGUCAUGCUGUUGGCUCAGAUUAACCACGACUCACAGGGAGUGGUGGAUUUACAAAAUGGCGGAGGAGAUGCCCAACAUGUCACACUUUGUCUUGCUGAGGCGGUUACGGUUUCAGAUGGUAAUCAUAUGGACAGCAUGGACACUGUCAGUUUGCAGGCUGUGACGCUUGCAGAUGGAUCGACAGCAUAUAUUCAGCACAACCCCAAAGUUUCCAUUUCAGAUGGUAAAUUAAUGGAUGGGCAGGUCAUUCAGCUGGAAGAUGGAUCUGCCGCGUAUGUUCAGCAUGUGUCCAUGCCAAAAGCAGGAAAUGACAGUCUGAGAUUGGAGGAUGGUCAGGCUGUGCAGCUGGAGGAUGGAACGACCGCUUACAUUCAUGCGCCCAAAGAAACAUACGAUCACGGUGCCCUGCAGGCCGUGCAGCUGGAGGACGGCACGACGGCGUACAUCCAGCACACGGUGCAGAUGCCCCAGUCCAACACCAUCUUAGCUAUACAGGCAGACGGCACCGUGUCAGAUCUUAAUGCCGAGGGCACCAUAGAUGAUGAGACCAUUAGUGUUCUAGAGCACUAUGCUGCCAAGGCGGAGACUGCGGAAUGUGUCAGCUCAGGGCUGGUCAGCAGGAAUGAGUCAGAUGGGGCUGUUCAGAUGCAGAUUGUCGUCCAGGGCCAGGAAGCUGCUCGCGGUGUGGUGAAGGUGCAGCCGCCGGGGGAGAAGUCCUUCCGCUGUGGCUACAGUGACUGUGGGAAGCUCUACACCACAGCCCACCACCUGAAGGUUCAUGAGAGAUCGCACACAGGAGACCGACCGUACCUGUGUGACCACCUGGGCUGUGGUAAAAAAUUUGCCACAGGGUACGGGUUGAAGAGUCACGUUCGGACACACACUGGAGAGAAGCCGUACCGAUGUCAGGAGACAAACUGCCGCAAGUCAUUCAAGACGUCUGGGGACCUUCAGAAGCACAUCAGAACCCACACAGGAGAAAGGCCAUUCAUGUGCCCUUUCGAGGGUUGCGGACGGUCCUUCACCACCUCAAACAUUCGCAAGGUGCAUAUUCGCACGCACACGGGGGAGCGACCUUACUACUGCCCUGAGCCGGGCUGCGGACGAGCCUUUGCCAGCGCCACCAACUACAAGAACCACAUGAGGAUCCACACAGGAGAGAAGCCAUACGUGUGCACAGUGCCCGGCUGCGACAAGCGCUUCACCGAGUACUCCAGUCUCUACAAGCACCAUGUGGUGCACACGCCCUGCAAGCCCUACAACUGCAACCACUGCGGCAAGACGUACAAGCAGAUCUCCACGCUGGCCAUGCACAAGCGCACGGCUCACAACGACACGGAGCCCAUCGAGGAGGAGCAGGAGGCCUACUUUGAGCCCCCAACAGAUGCCAUUGAUGAUCCUGCCGUAACCUAUGUUCCAGAGAUGGAAGAGGAGGAUUCUGGGUCAGAACACGUGUCCUCUGAGACCGCGGAGGCCAUUGGGCAUCAACACGUGGCUCUUAUCACACAAGAUGGAACUCAGCAGGUCAGUAUAUCCCAGGCAGAUAUGCAGGCGAUAGGAAACACGAUCACCAUGGUCACUCAAGAUGGCACAACCAUCACUGUGCCUGCCCAUGAGGCUGUUCUCUCUUCAGAUGGAACGCACUCCGUCAGCAUGGUAGCAGCUGAUGGGACUAAUGAGCAAGUAACCAUUGUGACUCCAGAGUUAACAUUCCAUACUACGCAGGCUGAGCUUGUCCAAGAUCAUGAGCACCACCUAGUGACAGCCAGUCCGCACCCUGUGACCUUAUUAGCCACUUCCAAUGGCACUCAGAUUGCAGUGCAGCUCAGUGAACAGCCAUCACUGGAGGAAGCCAUUCGAAUAGCUUCACGAAUACAGCAAGGAGAAACUCCAGGGCUGGAAGAAUGAGACGGCUGCUUUUUUGCUUCUAAAGAAAAUUUCAGGGAAAAAAACUGCAAAUGUUUUUGGCUGCUUGCUUGUUUAACAGGGCUCUUGCAGUUUGCUUGCUCACAGGUAUUGAUGCUAAAUCUCUGCAUAUUUUAAAAUAUGUACUUGGCAACUACUUUUGGAUAAACAUUCACUUUAACCGUUUGUGAAAUUUGGAACACUGAACAAUUCCACUGUCUGAACUACCUAAACUUUUUUUUUUUUUCAUUUUUAUGAUAAAUAUAUACUUCUGUGUAUAUGCAGUCAGUGUAAAUUGUGCUUAUUUUACCUUGGAUAAUGUACAAAUUAUGCAUUACACUUUAGUUACCCAGAAUUAAAGCAAUACAUCUCUUGUAUUCUUGUAUGCUUUUCAUUGUGAAUUUACACUUUUUCAAUAUUUUUGGUAUAUGGAAUUGAUUUAAUCAGUUUUAAUACAAUUUUAGAAUAUUGCACAUUAGGUAUACAUUUGAAACUAAGGAAAACCAGUACACUAGUUUCAAGAUGCCUACUUGGGAAAUGAACUACUGUAUUAUAAAUGUUUAAAUCUGGUGUUUCCAGUGUACAGACAGGACCUGUCGUCAAAAUAUGUACCUGUUUAACCCUAAUAAACAUAGAGGACAAUUAUUAA